AUGCCACGAAAAAAGCAAAAAGUUGAUACACUAGAGGAAAUUGAAACGAACAUUAAACUGCUAUGUGAUCAGUCUAAUAAUCACAUGAAAGUUCGGGAAUAUUACAAGGCCUUGAACGGAUAUAAUCAGGCUCUGGAGUUGAACAACACGGACAUCAAUGCGCUAAUCUCGCGCAGCAAGUGUUAUUUGCUUCUGGGCGAAGCUUCCAAAGCUUUGCAGGAUGCAGAGACGGCACUAUCCGAGGAUAAGAACAACAUACGAGCCAUAUACCAGAAGGCUGAGUCCCUCUACUAUCUUGGUCAAUUCGAGCAGAGUCUUAUGUUCUUCCAUCGUGGACUGCGGGCUCGUCCUGAGCUCGCCUUGUUUCGCCUGGGUGUGCAAAAGACACAGGAGGCCAUUGAGAAUACCAUUGGGACAAAGACGCGAACAACUGGACCAACCGCCAAGAGCAACAAACCACGUAAAUCUGGUGAUAAUACAACCAAGUCCGAGGUGCUCAAUAGUUACCGACCGCAGACUGUGAGACAGAAGCCAACGAAAGCGGAUCUGGAGCGUCGCAAUGCACGGAAAUUACUGGGAGAACUGUGCGUGGACAAGGAGUACCUUGAGAAGCUGCUGCUCCAUCCGGAUCUGGUGCGUGCCGACACCAACACUGAGAACAUAUCGACCCUGGCCAAGGAGGCUGUCUGCUUUCUUAACAAGCGUCAGGAAUUUUGGAGACAGCAACGACCUUGCACUGCCUUGCCGAAUCAUAAGAAUCUGCCCAACGAUGCGCUUCCCAAGUGGUUCUAGGUAGGAUCCACAUAAGCGGAUUAAGUGUUAAGUGUUUGCUUUAAUUAUAUAUAUUUGCUUGGCGUCAAUAAACUACACAAUUAAAUAAACAA